AUGGUGUCCGACGGUAGCGCCGAGCAGCAAAUCGUUGUACGAGGAACUCUUUUGUAUUUACUUUGAAUUGCAUUAACGUCACGUCAAAGUGAAUAAUUUUACGAUUUGUUCUUUCCACGUUUCAUAUCCUGCAGGCGAGGAGGACAAACUCGACAACAUCAGACACUAGCGAGAAGAAUUUCGUCAUGAAAGAGGUUCGUUGUUUAAGGACCGUCCUAAGUGUAAAAGUUUUCAUAAAAUCUUUACCGCUCUUAAUUUCGAUGAUAGUGACGCUCUUAAUUACCUUUACUUUGGUAAAAUUGUUCUUUUAAAGCCUGUUGUCAUACACUGUUUCAGAAAGACGAAAAUUCAAAAGACAUGCAUGGAGAAGCUCCUUCAAGGCAAUCAGCGAAGGACGAGGCGACAUCACCUGAACAGCAACCGGGCUUUUUAUGGAAAGUAUCUGGUGGCGUUUAUAACAAGGCAGCCACAGUGGUUGGAGGAGUUGGUUGGGUUGCGGGAACGGCAUUAUCAACGACGUUUAGCGCUGUAUCAGCCGUAGGGGGAGUUGCGCUAACACCAUUCAAAAAAUCAGCAAAGGACAAGUCUGAUUGAUGCUGUGUGUCGGAACAAGGGCCCUCUUGAGGAAAAUUUCCUGUGGCAUAAUGCCAAGAGUUCUAUUUAGAUAUCUUUAUUGACGAAGACUUUCACGUUCACGGACACAUACAGAAAAUAAGGUAACAUUUUGUCGAGUGAAAUGGAAAAUGCAUUAAUUUUGGAACUGAGGGACUGGAUGUAUUUCACAGAAUUUUCGUGGUAUCUCGUUUCACACAGAAUUGAUGCUUGCACGCGAAAACAGAAUAACUAUUUUUUUGUGUGAUUUAGUAGAAAUAGUAGAUAAUUUCGUGAACUUAAAAUUGUAGAGAAGUGAUGAAACACCAUUAUUUUCAAUUUGAAAUUUGCUUGCUCAGCUGAGCGCCCCGAAUUGGUAAAUCUGUCAUUGUGUUAUAAAUUCGCAUUUUCCUUUCAAUUUUUUAAGUUAUACUUGUAUACACAAUGGUUUCGAACUACUCUAUUUCAGAAAGCUCUGUAAUUUAUAGCUGAUGAACGAUAGAUAAAAAUUGUAAAUACAAUACUGUUUAUAUUAAUUUCCUUAUUGAGAAAGGAAAACCGAAUAGAAACUUAAUAUAUUCAUUAUCCACUGUGAAGGUUUAAAAUGAAUCUCGGAAUUUCAUUGAAAAUUAAAAUUAUUAUUAAAGUAGAGAUGCCUCAGAAUUUUAUCGGUAAGUUCAAAAUGCUUAAUCGAAAUUGAACUUGUAAUUUCUCAGCUAAGAAAUUUUGAGAUCAUAGUUCCAGACAGAACAAUUUUAUUUCUGCAGACAAGAAGUGCCUAAUUAAGUUAACCAGCUGCUUUAGUUGUGGGAAGGUCUUCUAAUCAGAGCUGACUUGCAAAAUGGCAGCUUCCAAUACAGUCCAACCUGUAUUAAGUGGUCUCCCAUGGGGAAUGGUGUAGUAACUGCUUAACCCUUUAACUCUGAAGAUCUGAUUGUUAAUUCUCCCCUUAAGCUGCAACAUGUCUUUGUAAAUUAGUUGCAAUAAUUUGGUGUUAGACAUCUUCUGCCUGAGAAUUUGAGUAUUCUUAUUACCUGUUUGCUGGAUUAUGUAUGGAGAUUAUGAGGAGAAAAUACACAUUAAUCAUUUCUGAGAGUUUAAGGGUUAAUUUAGGUAGACCACCUAAUAUUGGUUCCAUAGAUUGGGGUAUUAUAAAAAACCAUACACAAUGCCAUGUUAUGCCUUAAUUGACCACUGAAUUACAGAAUACAAGCAAAAACACUACUUACUUUUAUUUUGGGAGAUCAACAAGGAUUAAUAAUUACUUGAUAGAAUAUUAUUAGUUAUACUGGAAUGGUUCCACCCUCAGUGAUUGUUCCAUACAGGUGGAAAACAAUAAAAACAGGCUGUUGGCUCUUAGUAAAGUGUAACUGUGAUGGCUUUAUAGAGGUAACUGCUUAACAGAGGUGAAAAUUAUAGUGAUUAAGAGGAAAAAAAAAAAAUGGGACUUUGACACCUGACUACUUUAUACAGGGUGACUGCUUAAUAUAGUGCUGCUUAAUGCAGGUUUGACUGAAUAAUGAAGCUUGAAAAAAUUAAAAAUUCCUCUAUCUGUGUGGGAUUUAAUUGAAAUCCUGCUUGCCAGUGGUUUUGCUCAGUGAGAAAAAGAAAAAAGUUCCUCUUCUGGCACUGAAGACUACAUAUUCCAGACAAGCCAUCAAAAAUUUUUUAAAGCUCUGUCCCCAAAGUUGAAAAAAAAGGCUUUAGUUGCCUAAAACAGAGAUGGGUCUUUGGGUACUAAAACAGAAAUGCUG